CGCUGCAGGUGGGACCCACACGGAGGAUGUAAACAAACCCUCCAGAGCUGUUUCUUUGUUUUUUGCAGUUUUUAAUGAUUUUCCUGAAACAAACAGCUCGUGUUUGAAAACAAUGAACUGCUUGUGGUGAACAGAACUCCAGAGGAGACUCGUCACUUCGUUUGAAAAUGAUUUACCAGAUUCCAUGGAUCUACACGCCGGCACGGACUGUCCUGGCCAUCUGGCACCAGCUGACCAAAACCCAGAUCCCAGAGCUGGCCAAUUGCUCCGUGCUGAUGAGGGAGCGCGGCAGAGUGGAGGAGACCAUCCACGCCAUCCAGCGAGCCGGUGCAGGCAGCCUGCAGGUCAUCGCAGACUUCGACAUGACGCUGACCAGAUUUGCUCACAACGGCAAGCGAGUGCCCACGACCCACAACAUCCUGGAUAGCCAGUUGUUGAUUAAUGAAGAGUGCACUAGAAAGAUGAGGAAGCUUUUGAGCAUCUACUAUCCCAUAGAGAUUGAUGCAAGUCUAAGUGUGGAAGAGAAGCUGCCUCUCAUGGUGGAGUGGUGGACCAAAGUUCAUGAGCUGCUGAUUCAGCAGAGGAUCAGAAAGGACAUGCUCGCCCAGGCUGUGAAGGAAUCCAGUGCCAUGCUCAGGGACGGCUACAAGGUGUUUUUUGAGCACCUGGCAGAGCAGCAGGUUCCUCUGUUGAUCUUCUCGGCCGGUGUCGGAGACGUCCUGGAGGAGGUGAUCCGACAGAACCACGUUUUCCAUCCCAACGUCCACGUCGUCUCCAACUACAUGGACUUUGACCAAACUGGCAUCCUUCAAGCCUUCAAAGGUCAACUCAUCCACACGUUUAACAAGAGGGAAGGUGCUCUGUCACACGCCGCCGGCCUCACGGAGCUGCAGGGUCGACCCAACGUGCUGCUGCUGGGAGACUCGCUGGGAGACCUGACCAUGGCAGACGGGGUGGCCGAGCCCCAGAACGUCCUGACCAUCGGCUUCCUGAACGACCAGGUGGAAGAGAGGAAAGAGUCGUACGUCAACUCCUUUGACAUCGUGCUGGUUAAAGACGAGACGAUGGACGUUCCGAACGCCAUCCUCAGACAUAUUACCUCAUGGAGAGACAAGUGAGACACAGACGGACAUGUUCCCUCCAUACAGUGUUGCAAGCUAGACGAUCGCACAUCGUGAUCAUCACUUACCUUAAUCGAGACCUCAUAACGGACCUCUUCACUUCGUUCUCCCCUGAAGUGGAUAAUGGUGCAAAUCUUGCACCGUCUGUACUGUUUCUAAUUUGUUACACUCACAUGUUUUAACUUUAAUCUGCUUAAGAAACAAACCAAAGUCCAAAUGCUAAAAAUAUCUUAGGUCUUACAUUUUUGACCUACUUUUGAAGAAUUUUUUAUUUACUUCAGCCAAAUCAGAUUAACUCUAUUACAGCUGUUUACUUUCUUACUUUCUUUUACCACUGUGAACACGUGAUGCUCCAGGCUAUCGUCACUUUACUUACAGGGGAUUAUGGGAUGUGUUUAUUACAAGUGUUUUCAGCUGAAUUUGUGGCUGCUGCAUAGAAAAACUAAAUGUUGAGCUAGCUGCACUUUACUAUGAGUGUUAUAAUUAUGAUGUAGGAGACAAUAUGGAGAUGGCCCAGCUUGUAAAGUUGCUCCGCUCCAUUUUUAAAAUGCUUUUUUAAAUUUAAAACAAAUUGGGAUUUUCUCCUAGUAAACAGCAAAGUUGCAGGAAAAUUCAAACUCAAAUCCAUGAAUUGAAUAUUAUGCUGCUUCUCAAAACUAUUUUCCUUGCUGGAAAUCUUUCUUUAUUUCCUCAUCUUCUUAAAAACAAAUUAACAAAUUAACGUUUGAGUGUUUUAUGCAGAGUUGCAGCAUUUCUUGUGACAUUGUCACCAGACACACUCCUGUGUGAUCGCCCUGAUUGGAAUUAAUCAUGAAUACGCCACCUACUGGUGAUAGAAAUACAACCAAACCGGAUUUUAGCAGUUUCAUAAGACACUUUAUUUCAGAUUUGGAAGUACGGUUUUUUUACCAUCAGAACCAGUGAUAACAUCUGUCCAUACAAUCUUCUUGACAAAACCUGUUACUUACCCACAGUGCAACUCUAACUGCUUACAGCUCCACCAGAGGUUGAAUGUGUCCCACUGUAAUGCUCAAGGACCUGUGAACCAAUGGGUGUACUUCUCCUUUAGAUUUUACUCUGGAUCUUUCACCCAAACUUGAAUGAAUAUUUAUUUCGAUGUGCAGCUUUAUUAAGCUUCUUUUUUUUUUUUUAACCAUAUGUUUUCUAGCCUCUGUGAUAAAUAAACAGCAAAUGUGAUUAUUUUAAGUUAACAGUCAUAGAAGAACUGGAACGAUGUUGUUUUCUUACAUUUUAAUUCACGUGAAUUCAGGAAAAUUAAAAAGGUGCUUGUUCAGUUUUCUGGAAUACAUCUCUCAAACAAAAACACUCAUACAACACAAAACUCUGCAAAAAGAUCACUUGCACUUUGUUCUUGUCAUUUCAAAAACUGUCCAACAAUAAAACCUGUUUGGUAAAAGUC